AGAAGAGAUCUGCACCAAGUUAUUUAUCCUUUGGACGAUAGAAUAUUGAAUUUCCAAAUAGAAAGCAUAGCAGCAAUAGAAAUGAUCGCAUCUAGACAUUUAUACUCGUCAGAAGCAACAAUCACUUUAGUUUUGCUUUAAACAUGGGAUCGAGUGGGAACUCCGCCAUUCUUCUACCGACUUUGGUGAGCUCACUAUGUUUAUUCGGAAACACUUCCCUGGACCUGUUAGUCCAGACCGGCUUGCAAGUUGCAUAGCUGAGCUUUUGAUGUAGGCGUUACUAUAGCAAAAGAUUCCAUACCUGUCCUUGAGUUACAUGGUUUCAUCUUGCAAAAGCCAAGUCCGACUCACCAAGGAAAUCUGUCAUAUAUAUCAGGACAGUCUUUUCUGAUCGUGCAGUCUUCAAAACGAAUGGAGUAGAAAAGGAGAAGGAAAAGGAAAAAUCAAAAUAUCUAAACAAAAGAAAGAAUAGGUAAAACAAAAACAGUGGAGAAUAUGGAGAUUGACGUAUUCUUUAGGGUUUCCCUUAAUUGGAAAGGAGGAGGAGUAGAGAGACCUGUACAAAUAGACAUGAAAAUUAUUCACAAAGGUUCGAGCAAUAACUAAGUACACCUGACUUAUCGCUAAAGAAACUUACCUAGCAUUGAUUCCUAAUCAGAAUAGGAUUCAUCCCUAAUUAAAUGGACCGGAAAUCCUGUUUAUUUUUUACUUCCUUUUAGGGUUUUUAACUGGUGAGCAAGUUUCAAGUUGACCAUUCACAGUGUUGCCCAUCUAACCAUAUUUAGAAAUUUGAAAUUGACCUGUAUGAAUCUAUUAUCUAACAACAGGCAUUCUUAGAAGCGUAGAAGAAGAAUAGAAAUAUGUUGGACAUGAAUUUAUUCAGAGAAGAAAAGGGGCACAAUCCUGAGUUCAUCCGUGAAUCUCAGCGUCGCCGUUUUGCCAAUGUCGAUAUGGUCGACAUUCUCCUGGACAAGGAGUGGAGGCAGCGACAAUAUGAGCUUGAUAACCUCCGCAGGGAUUUUAAUAAGAUAAACAAACAAGUUGUUGAACUCAAAACUAAAAAAAAAAAGAAGGCGCUUGAGGAUGCAACUGAAAUGAUAAACAAUGGAAAUCAGAUCAAGCGAUCAAUUGGCGAAAAUGAAGCACAAGUGCAGGAUGCUGCAUUAGGUCUGAAUCAGAAACUGGAACAAGUUGGGAACCUUGUGCACGAUUCUGUCCCCGUUAGUCAUGAUGAGCUCAGGUCUCUGCUUAAGUUUCAUUCGUCGUUUCCUUUGUCGUUUUACUGAAACGAUUCCUCUUUUAUUAUUAUUA